CGACAACAUGGCGGACGCCGGUGAUGUAAAGGUUUCUUUAGUUUCGGAAAGUACAAAAGUAAGGUAAGAAACGAAACAGAGCUGAUAAACUGAUAGCCAGUAGGCAUUACUUUGCUUCAUUUCGGUGGUGUAAUUCGUGAAAACUGACCUAAAUAUCUGCUGAAAAUAUGGACUGAAAGUAAAAAAUGUCUGGAAGGGUUAAUAUAAAAAAAGGGUAUUCCGAGUACCACCGAGUCUCUUUUUAAAGCCAGUUUCAAACGUCGAACGACAAAUGUGCCGAAUCUAAUGCAAAUGAGUAAGAACAAUAGAUUUUCUUCGUCUUCAUCAAAUUCGGCACAUUUGAAAUUCGACUUUCUAAGCAGCCUAAUCACGUGACCAUGCAGAAGAACGCUAAUUAACUUUUUUUCGCAGAACUUGCAGUAGAAAAAGCAAAACCUAACCUACAAUCGGUGACAAAAUGGGUUGAGACCCUUUGUCUUAAAGUGGACUUUUAGACGUUUUACUGACUUCAAAAGGAGGAAGUAUGGCUUUUCCUCCCCCAUCUCCUCGCAAUGUUGUGCCAUUAUGUUCGAGCUACCUUAGAAAGCAACAAACACCCCAACUUUGAACGGAGGGAACAGGGGAGGGGUGCAGAUUCUUUUGUUUUCCAAAGUUACCCUAUUAACAAUUUUGUCGCUGAUUGUAGAAACAAAUUUUAUUGGCAAAACCUGGGCCCUAAUCUCAAAUUUGAUUCUUGUUAUUUACUAUUGUUUGAGAAAUUAUAGAGGGGGACAUUGGGGGUACCCAAUGCCACAAUACUGUAAGAAAAAUUUGCAAAUACCGAAAUACUGUGUUGAAAAUCGACGAAAUACUGAUACUGCACUUCUGAUCGGUCACUUUCACUUAAGUUGUAUCCAUCUCGCGUGUUUGUUUAUCUCAAGCAUGUAUACACCAAAAAUCAACCUCAACCAUUGCGAGGAAAUGUCAGAAGACCUUGAAUAGACCUUUUUACCGAUACAGCGGCCAUAUUGAAUUAAUUCGAUGCAAGGAGUAUUAUAGGAUGCCCAGGGGGCAUGAGCACAUUUCGUUUGUAUUUUUGAGUGCUUUUCUGGACAUUUUUCCAUGCUUUUCUGGACAAGUUUUCUUAGAAUAAGACUUUAAUGGGAAAAAAGAUCCUUGUGCUGUGUUUGGAUGUAAUAACGAUCGCCUUUCUCUAGUUUAGUAUUAGAGAUAUGGUCUUUCACUGUAUACUUCUCGGGAAAAAGGCGACCAUUAUUACAUCAACACAGGGCACAAGGACUUUUUUUCCCAUUACAAUCUUAUGCUAAGAAAACUUUAAGAAAAAAUGUCCCGAAAAAAGCGCUCGAAAAUACAAACGAAAUGUGCUCAUGCCCCCUGGGCAUCCUAUAAUACACCUUAAAUCGAAUUUAUUCAAUCUGGCCGCCGUAUUGCUAAAAAGGUCUAUUGAUCAGUACAAUGAUCGGAAAGGAUGUCCUACCAAUUUCAUCAUAGAUUAACUGUCAGAAAUUGUGUAAUCAUUCACCAUUAGAUAAGUCUUAAAAAUAAUGACGUGCAUUAGACGGGAGAGUGCAAUAAACAGUACGGCAAUACUGUGAAGGAUCCCCUUUUAUCAAAUACCAUUAGGUAAAAGAAUGAAGAAUGAAAAACUGCAUACCACGGGGCUUAAUGAUACUGCAAUACCGGACGUUAAAAUCAAAAUUACCGAAAUACCACUUGAAAAAAAACUCAAUACCGAAAUACCGUAAGACCCAUGUCCCCCUCAUUAUAUCUACAGUCAAAACCUCCCGGGAGUGACCACUCAAAAUGUGAAGAUCUAAAUUUUUAAAUCUAAUAGCUUGCAUUGGUUUAGUUUCUUAGAAUGAAACAGAAAUAAUUUGUGUCUAAAAUACUGAGAGCUGGUCUAUUCAGAAUUUCAUCCACUCAGCAGAUUAGUUCCUGAUUUUGAAGAUCUUUAAAUUACUAGAGCACUAUAAUAAUAUUAUGUUAAUGUCAUCAGUAAAUGAGUAAAAACUAAGCAGAGACAUCAGGGGUCCAUGAAUGGAUCCUUGAAGUACUCCACGAGUGGCUUUAAUAAAACAAUAGAAUGAUUAACUGUAUCAAUAUAGCCUUUUUUAGAUCAAUUAAAAUACUGCAGCCAAACUCAUUCUUGUCAAUAGACUUAUGGAUUGAUUCAGUAACUCUUAUUGGUGCAUGAUUAGUUGUCAUGAGUACUGUACUGCCCACUGUUCCACCCGUGCUAUAUUUCUUCUAAGAAUACCUCAUUGCAAUAUGUAUUGUUUAUUCUGCCUAUUAUAUUUUAUUUCAUUUCUGCUCUUUGGACUGUAGUGUGGUAUUUACAUAUUCUUUGUGUUAUCCUUCUUUUAAGAGUCAGUUCUGUUUUAAACCGAGAUUCCAGUCAAUAUGGAAAGAAGUUUAUGUUUGAUAAAAAUGAAGAAACAUGCUGGAACUCAGAUCAGGUGUGUGUUGUUUAUAUUGCCUUCCUCUCUAUAGAUGGUUUUCACAGUGACGUCAUCAAAUUGUAAAGUCAAAGUAGCGAGGUUUUACGAAUUCUUAUUUACCCUAGGUUGAAGAUAAACAAAAAGUAAAUCUCUUUACAAGUUUCCAUUCCCCUAGUGUUUUUCACUUUGACAUUACAGCAAUUUGAACUUCUGAGUUUUCACAGUGCGUGACACCAAAAUAGGAAUGCUGUCUUAUUGAAAAAAAGUCUCCCCUCUUGAUUUUCGGCAGUAUGACGAUUUCAAAUAUUAAAAGAUAUGUUUAUGUGCACAUAUGCUAGUUCUCGAGUGAAAGGAAAGAGCUUUUAUAGCAAAAGUGAACUCCAGAUAUUUUUGUUGAUUUUCAGCGGCCAUAUUGGUGGACCAAAACGGUAGACCAAUAUGUCUCCAUACAAAGCUCUACAAAGGUGCAUGAAAAGUUUCGUCAAAUAACUCAGAAACUAUGGGCCACAAAGACCUGAGACUUGGAUAAAUUGUUUAUAUAUUUAUCUUUUAUAACAUUUCAUUUUCUUGGGCUCUUCCACUGGAUGGUUUUCAAUUUAUUUCUUUGUUGCAUGACAGUGAAAACCAUCUAUACUUUGAUUUGUUCUAAGACCCCCCCCCCCCCCCCCCCUUUUUUUUAUUUUUUUUUUUUUUUUCCUUUUUUUUUUUUGGGGCUUUCCACUGGAUGUUUUUUUAUUUUUUUUUUUUUUGGUGUGCAGUUAAAACCCCUUAUUUUUUUUUUUGUUUUAAACCCCCCCCCCCCCCCCCCUCUGGAAAUUCCAAUAAAGCCUCAUACAUUAAUAUUUUCUUUAAAUUAUUUAGUCUGUGAGACCCUCCUCCUCUGGUAGUUUCCAAUCCCUUCCUUUGGGGGAGUAUGGAGACUUUCUGGAACUUAAAAAUAUGUAACGGUUUUGUGUGAAUGAAAUGUUAGGUCAAAAUGUCCAGUCCAAAAUUCGCCCUGUACUCUGUGAACAAUGUCUGAGAACAUGAACUAUCCAAUAAACUCAACUUCAAGAUCAAGUGUAAACAAAGAUUGUUUUAACAUUAAUUGAAACCCACUGAUCUUCUAUGUUUUCUGGCCACCAUAGCAAGAAAAUCAAGCAGAACAAUUCAACAUGAUAAUCUUUUGACAUCUGAUGGUUUUCGUCUAGGGUUCUCCUCAAUUUGUUAUCCUCGAAUUUUCCAAGGAUUCUCAAGUGAAGGAAAUUCAGAUUCAGUUUCAAGGUGGAUUUGUUGGAAAAGAAUGUACUGUUGAAGGAGGCCCAUCAGCUAGCUGCUUAACACCUUUCUAUGAAUUUUACCCAGAUGAUUCAAACACUCUACAAGUAUCCUUUGACCUUUCCUAAUAUGUUGCUAUUUCCUUGUAUGUGUCUUGGUUAAGCACCAAACUUCACAAUAUUUACUAUAGUAAUGUCAGGUUUUGUUAGCAUAUAUUUUUUAACAUAGCAGUCAUGUUGUAAUACCUAUAAGGGUGGGGUGGGUGGGGAAGGCCAAUUCUAAGCUCAUUUACUUACCAAUCCCAUCCUUAUAGGCAUACCCUGGGCAUUGGCCCCAAGUAAGGUCAUCACAAUUUGUAAAGUUGAGGAGAUAUAUUCGUUGUGAUUGACAGUUAUUAUUUGCUGAAGUACCGGUACUUCAUGACUGCUGUCUUCACUCUGUGGCAUGUCCUCAAACUGAAACUAUUCUCCAUACCUGUUCAUCCAAAAAUACAAAUACCUAUGUUGCUAUGAGCAGGGAGCAAACAGUUUGUGUCCUGAACAUUUUGCAAUAACUUAAUCACGAUCUCGAGAUGGAAUUAGAAUGACCGUUAUUCCUCAACUCUACAUUUCUUAGAUUUUCCCUAUCAGUACCUUGAAAAGAAUUAAAGUUUUGAAGAUUGAAUUUACCAGCAGUACGGACCUUUUUGGGAGAAUUAUAGUCUAUAAACUAGAUGUCUUGGGUAACAGCUGAUAGAGCAUAAUCGCACGCUCGUUUUAUACUGAGUUUGAAGAAAGGAGCAAACUUGCAACUAUGGAUGAGGGCCUGCAUCACAAAGUGCCUUGCUAUGCCGGGAGAUGGAUAUGCUGAGCAUGGAAUGUUCAAGGACUUCGACUAUAGAGAGAGGAACGAAAAAUAGCGUGGUGCUGCGCGGAAGGAAUGACGAAUGAACAGUAAUGAAGGAGUUUUGGCCAGACCUUAUCUAAAGCAGUUGUUUUGGUCAUUUGUAGGAUUGUAUGCUACAGUGUACGCACUAAAUCCAUGCAAUUUUUGAUCAUUAUACACGUCAUUUUACGGAUUAGAACAAACCCCAUCAUAAGGUAAAACAGAGCUCUUCUCUUGAAAAACAAACAAACAAAAAAGGCAUUUCAUACUCAUCUUGGACUCGCCACGUGGUGAAAAUUACAUGCCUGCAUCUACAGUAUUUCUGAUUUUCUGUUUUUGUUAAGAUUGUUCUUUCAUAAUGACUGUGCUCGUUGUAAAAUUCAAGACCUUUUUCACGGGUAUAUUGUUGGUGAUAAUUAUACUGUAAAAUAAACACGUUGGAUUUGAUAAUCCAGUAACAAAAACCCUUUUUGAAUAUAAAAGAUGCAGAGACUUUAAAAACAGUAGAAGGGAAUCGAAAGACGGGGUUUAUAGAGCGUUUACACUCACGUGGCCAGCCGCUAUGCAAAUUUAUUGGAAC